CCAUCGGAGGCGCGACGACGCUCGUCAGUACCGCUCUACUUGUCGCCGCAGUCGUGAUCCCGUUCCUCAGUUUCCGUUUCCGGGGCCCACGAAAAUCCCCCGCAUUUAGAAUUUUGACUUUUUAGUUUUUAUUUUCGAGUUUUUCAUGAGCGGGUUUAUGGUGUUUACGCGAGUUCUUCACACGAACCUGCCCUACUACACGGUGCUCCAGAUCAACCGGGCUUCGACCGCGGUCUACUCUCCGUGGAUGUUCUACUUCUUCUACAACCGGACCCCAGAAAAAGGGUAUUGAUCCUCGACACUUUCGAAAGCUCGAAAGUCUUCUUGGAAUUACGUCUCUUUGCCAGUCUUCCACCCUCCUCAAAAUGACGUUUAUGCGAGGUGUGAUCGGGACUUUAACCCGAAUCAAAGUUUCGGAUGAGGAUAUAGUGGACAGCGACGCGCCGAAGUUGGCCCGUGUCCUUGACCUGUUCGACCUGACGUUGCUCGGAGUUGGGACCACACUCGGGGUGGGCACCUACGUGCUUCCGGGUGCCGUCGCCAAAAACACCGCCGGUCCCGCUGUCACCGUUUGCUUCGCCAUUGCUGCCGUUGUCUCAAUUUUGGCUGCUUUAUGUUAUGCUGAAUUUGCUGCCAGGGUACCGAAAGCGGGAUCAGCUUACGUCUACUGUUACGUCACAGUCGGCGAGUUUUGUGCAUUCAUAAUAGGAUGGAAUUUGCUGCUUGAGUUUGUCAUUGGUACAGCAAGUGUAGCGAAAGCGUUCACCGGCUACGUCGAUGCACUUUUUGGGGGUGGCUACGCUUCCAUGAUGCAAAGUGUCAUGCCGAUGCAUGUUUCCUUCCUAGCCCAGUAUCCAGACCUCAUGGCUCUGUGCGUCGUCCUAUUGUUUUCACUUUUGUUGGCCUGGGGUGUCAAAGAAUCUACAUUCAUUAACAACAUCUUCACGACCGUAAACUUGGUAACGGUUGUCAUCGUAAUUUUCGCCGGGAUUUAUGUUUCCAAAAUGAGCAACUGGUUCAUUGACCCGGCGAUGAUCCCUCCGGAGCAUAAGGCAGCGGCCGGGAAAGGAGGUUUCAUGCCUUACGGCUGGUCGGGAGUCUUGGCUGGGGCCGCUACCUGCUUCUAUUCUUUUGGCGGAUUCGACUCCAUUUGCACAACGGGCGAGGAGGCCAAAAAUCCACAAAGAACCAUCCCUUUGGCUAUUGUUAUGACACUUGCGAUUGUGUUUGUCGCCUACUUUGGUGUAUCCUCCGUUAUCACGAUGGCGUGGCCUUAUUAUGACCAGCAUAUUGACGCUCCAUUCCCAUAUGUAUUUGAUAAGACAGGAUUGCACGCCAUAAAGUGGAUUGUAACAGUCGGCGCUUUGUUUGCUCUGUGUACCAGUAUGCUGGGAGUUGCUUUUCCUCUGCCCAGAAUCCUAUACGCCAUGUCAUCAGAUGGUUUAAUUUACAAGUUCUUUUCCCGUAUAAAUGCAUACACACAGACUCCUGUGUUAGCAACUUUAAUAUCUGGUCUUUUAGCUGGUAUUAUGGCAGCAAUGUUCGACCUGACACAGCUAAUCGAUAUGAUGUCAAUAGGUACUCUGAUGGCUUAUUCAAUUGUUGCUCUGUGUGUGAUUUUACUAAGGUACAAAGAGGACGAAUCUAGUGUGGAUGACGUCAGUAAGAAGCAAAACGAUUUUGGAUCAAAUAAAACAGAGCAGUACACUUUCAGCUCUGUCUUAAGUAUAUUAAGCACGGAAAAAGAAAGCUCACCCACCGCAAGAACAGUUUUCAUUGCGAGGAUAAGCACAACUAUAUUCUGUGCUGUCACAAUAAUUCAGACGCUAAUCCUUGUUCUCAGCGAAUCAAUAUUUUCGGCUGAAUCAUUUUGGAGUGUCUUGAGCACUCUCGUCGUUUUAGCUAAUUUUGUAAUUUUAGGAGCUACCAUGUAUGUCAUUUCGUUGCAACCACAAUCGGAUACAACCUACCUCAAAUUCAGGGUUCCUGGAGUGCCUGUGGUGCCAUGCUGCUGUAUAUUUAUGAAUACAUAUCUUAUGGCCCAACUCGAUUUUCACACGUGGGUCCGAUUUGCCGUGUGGUUGGCUGUUGGUUUUGUCAUCUACUUCACCUACGGAAUCCAGCACAGCGUGCAAGGUAUCCUCGAUCGUCAACAGGCGAAACAGGAACUGAAGUCGCAGCCACCCCCUCCCGCCCAGAUGUACAAAUGAUGCCGCGUUGACUGUGAUGGACUUGCUGCAUCUUUUUUAAAUCCACGAUCCGGAUUAUUUGUGAUAUUGCAAACGAGCUUUCAAUUAGCUUUAUAUACUUGUAUACAUGCUUAUUAUAGAACCGUGCUUGUUUAUAAAAGGAAAAGACAGUUCACGCGCAGCGGCGUGGCGUGCUUUGCGAUGAAUCGAUUGAUCUGCCAUUUAAACCUAUGGAACAGGAUCGAUAAAUAGAGUGUCCGCAACGAACACCAUGAUGAUCGAUUCUUUACCAUAGUUUCAAAUGGGGAAAUAUCGAUUAUCGAUCAUUUACGCCUCGCCACCGUUCACAAGGAAAACGCUCGAGCAAUAAAUGAAACAUUGAAUGUGAGACUUGCAUUCGGCCUGGGCACCUAGCGCCCCCGGCAUUCUUGAAAUUUCGGUUAAUCAUGAUUUUUGAUUCCUUUGCUCUCAUUUUUUGGUGCUACAUUAGAUGUAAUAUUACAACAAUGUUUAAAAGGUUUCUGCCGCGACUCCAAUCUAAAAUGUAACCAUGGGGUCUACUUAAAAAUUGCGAAAAAGGCGAUUUUUAGUUUAGAAUUAAUACUGGACCCCGUUUAGCAAAAAGGAA